AUGGUGAUUGAAGGGAGGCUGAGGAGGUGUGUGUCCAUUUCUGAGAACCAGUUUGGUUUCAUGCCGGGACGGUCGACCACUGAGGCCAUUCAUAUUGUGAGGAGAUUGGUGGAGCAGUAUAGGGCGGUGAAGAAGGAUUUGCACAUGGUUUUCAUUGACCUGGAGAAGGCCUAUGACAAAGUCCCCAGAGAGGUUCUAUGGAGAUGUUUGGAGGCUAGAAGAGUGCCUGCAGCGUAUAUUAUAGUGAUUCAGGACAUGUAUGAUAAAGCUAAGACACGGGUUAGGACAGCAGGUGGAGACUCAGAUUUCUUUCCGGGGGAGGUGCCUUGGUGCUUGCUAUUUGCGGAUGACAUAGUCCUGAUUGAUGAGACACGAGGUGGCGUUAACGAGAGGCUAGAGGAGGCGGACGAGGAUGUGAAACUCGAUACGCAAGUCAUUUCCAGGAGAGAGAGUUUCAAGUAUUUGGGAUCUAUAAUCCAGAAGGAUGGGGAGAUAGAUGAGGAUGUUACACACCGUAUCGGAGCAGGGUGGAUGAAGUGGAGGCUCGUUUUCGUUGUCUUGUGUGAUAAGAAGGUGCCGUUGAAACUCAAGGGUAAGUUCUACAAG